AUGGAACUAUGCGAAUCCCAAAGAAAGGAGCGACUGACUCCGGACACGGUUCAUUUGCACACAACUUCAGGAGAAUCAGCUGUCUUCUCAUAUCGAAACUUCCGUGAUCUGACAGGAGAACCUUACCCCGUGGAGUUCGAAUCAGAAGGGUGGCCAAAAAUGCGUUGUUACCACGUUGUAGCAAUUGGCUCGCCCAAGGUUCCAACUCACACGUGGCUUCUUCUCCAAGACAUCAAUUGUCCAGAAAUCAGAUACUUGACAAAAAUUAACGUUCAAAAUUGGAGAAGAUAUCUCACUGUUGACGAGGAGGAUCACGAUGGAAGUAACGAUGACCACGGUGCAAAUUAA